AUUGGUUUACAGUGGUUUUGUGCCCAUUGUUACAGGGGUAUUCCCCUUUAAAUGUGGCAUGACAACAAAGCAACUGACAACUACAGUAACUAACUGGAGUAGCUAAGGGCCUUCCCUCCCCAGGCAGGGCUUCCCUUUGAUUGGCGGCAUGGGACAUCAAUCUUCUUCAAUCUGAAAGGCCCCUCUCCCCCGGAAUGCCACAGUCCAUGAGAUGUGUACACACACUGGCCCUGGGGCAUUGGCGGCAGGGAGCCAGGCUGAAAGGAGCAAGGAGCAGGCAAGGCACUAAGAAAAACUUAACACAAUGCAAACUCCUGGGUUUGCACUUUCCCUUUCCUGGUUGUGACUCUGUGACUGCUGCUUCCUGACCUUCCUAGUGCUACAGGGAGAAACAGCUGGGGGAAGGGGCAGGGGAAAGAACAGACCUGGGGGCAAGUGGCUCUGGGGUAGCUGAACCUCCACUUGAUGUUUCCUACCCAACGGAGGUGCCAGGGCAGGUUUAUCUUUUCCUUUGGAGACUGCAGUGAGCUGGAGCGAGAUCCGGAAGAAAGGACUUGGGAGUGACCGCUCUCUAGGCCCUGUUUGCUCCCAUGUCUUUUCCAAGGAGGAAGAUCACUGGAGCUCCUGGUAACAGUUCUGUCCUUUCAGCCACCUGCCUGGAUGAAUCUUUGCAGCUGCCUGACUAGACAUCUCUGGUGGCUCUUGUAGAUACUGGCAGGCAGAAGGGAGGAGGCUUCUUGGGAAGUUUGCUCCUGGUCUGGUUCCUACUGAGGACGCUGCUGAGAUGUGCAGCCCCUUCCCCCUGCUGCUUUCCCCAGACCCCCAGCAGGUGCUGCAGGCCGUCCAAGGCAUAGUGGCUGAUCUUCACAAGGACAAAGAAGGCAUGCUGGAGGUUUUCUUGGGAGAUGCUGAGUGCAAAGAAUAUCUGGGGGCUCUUUGUAGACUCCUGGCUGCUCCCGAAGUGAGGCUGUGCAGCAACAUCGCCUACAUCCUGGGCACCAUCGCCGAGAAUGAGAGCGGGGCGGCACACCUGGUGGCACUGGCAGGGGGUGGCUCAGGCUUCGAGGGUCUCUUGGAUAGUCUGAGCGCCAUGCUGACCUGGGACGACCCAGAGGCUGUGAUGAAUGCAGCAGGCACCCUGGGCUCCCUGGCGGAAACAGAUCCCAGCCGGCAAUGGCUGCUUCAAGCCCCGAAAGCUGAUGAGAUUGUUGAGAAGCUCAGAGGGCUGCUGGGCUCAGCUGAUGAAGGCACGGCAAGCAAUGCUGCCCUGGGGCUGGCCCGAAUCGCUGGCUCCCAGGAGGGCUGUGUGAAACUGCUGGGCCACCCUCACUCCCAGCACCUCCUGAGACAGCUGAUCUCCUCCCUGAGAGCAGAGGAAGCAGGCUGCAGCAUGAACGCUGCCUUCACGCUGGGGCGCCUGUGUGACCUGGACCUUGGCCUGCGGCAGCUCUUUGCCCUCCCUGAAGUCUCCAGCAUGAUCCAUGCCCUGGUGUCCAUGAUGGCCAGCGCGGAGGCAGGAGGGAGCCGAAAUGCUUGCUUUGCUCUCAGCUGCCUGGCUGCCAGCAAGGAGGGGCAUGACCACGUGCUGCAGAGCCCUGCCUUCCCCCAGGCUCUGGAUACGCUGGGCCACCUGCUUCGCGCCGAGGAGCAGGAGUCCUCCUGGUUUGCUGCCAUGACCCUGCGUGUGCUCGCCAGCCAGCCCAAGGGGGUGAUAAAACUAAGAGAGCACCCAGAGCUGGAACACCUCCUGCAGGAAGUGGCUGCCUCAGAGACAGCAGGACAAGAGCUGCUAGAGGAAGUGACUGGCACUCUGGCCAAGCUCCGGCGCCUCCCGAAACCCCCACCCCCGGAAGCCAAAGUUCUGGAUUCUGGUUCCAUCCAGGUGGCCUGGGAAAGUUUCAGGCCUCAGAGCAGCCUUGAGGUCAAUUACAGGCUCUAUGAUGGGGAUGCCCUGCUGUACCGGGGGCCAGCACUCAGCUAUGCCUUUGCAGGCAGUGUGCCACGCCAGGAAUACCACUUUCAGCUCUGCCUUGAGGCGAGGGGCGACCAGGGGCCAUGCAGCGAUGCUACGGUGCUGCCAAGAGAAGAGCCAGUGCCAAGUUGUCCCUUGGACUUCCACGUGACAGGUCGCACGGCCACACAGUUAAAAUUGAGCUGGGCCCCUCCGGCCAAGCCCAACGGCCCCAUCAAACACUACACAGUGUACAGGGGGGAGGCCCUGGUGGGCUUCACCCCAGAACUCAGCUGUGUUGUGGGAGGCUUGGCCCCUUCCACGAGCUACCGGCUCAGCGUCUGCGCAUGUACCAGCAAAGGCCAGGGAGGGAAGGCCACCCUGCUCACCAAGACCAUGUCCCUGAGGGGCCAUGCCCCUGAGAGGUUAACCCUUCUAGUGCUGGGGCGCAGUGAGAUCUUUGUGACGUGGGACGUGCCCAAAGCGCCCCUGGGACGCUUCUUUAACUAUGAGCUGAGCCUGAAUGGGGAAGUGGUGUACCUGGGCACGGCACGCUCCUACGUGGCCCGCAGGCUCAGGGCCAACACGGACUACACCUGCACUGUCAGUGCCCUCACCAGCGCAGGUCGCUAUGUCAGCCGACCAGUCACCAAACGCACGCCCAGGGACGAGUACAGCGAUGUCAGCAGGUGCCAUUAUCCCUCCCCAGGGAGUGGGCAGCCUGCCACAGCCUCUGCUCCCAGCAAGACUCUGGAAUUCCCUCAGGAGCCAGGAAGGGGCAGAGGCAACGCAGGGGAGUCUUUCAAACCUUCCCCUGCCAGGCCCCCGAGAGCGCCUCUCCUGCUGAGCAGAAGGGCCAGUAAACCCUGGGAGAUUAAGAGCAGCGCAAAACCCACUGCCACACCCAGGAGAGACCCUUCCCUGUCCUGCUCCAGACAGCCAAGCCAGGAGACUCGAGCUGCCGGCCCCUCCAAGGCUGCCCCACUUCCCAGGAACGUUGGGCACCCAAAGCAGCGGGCACCUGAUGCAAAGAGCCUCCCCAGGCAAACUGCACUUCAGCCCAGCGGGGAGAACAGCUCAGCCAAACUUGGGACACCGAGCAGAAUGCUCUUCCCAGAGCUGGCAGCAGUCCUCCCUCUUGGGCACCCGGCUUGGCACGGCUCACCCGGUCUGCGUGCUGUGGCCGUAUCCCUUCAGCUCAGCCGCUCCCUAGAGCGGGGGAAACCCAGGCCGGCAGCCUCAGGCCAGCAGAGGCCGAGCUACGGGCUCCCCCCUGUCCUGGAGAGCUUGGGGCAGCAGCAGCUCAGGGCUCCACUGGGGAGCCAACAGCUCCAGGGGCUGCAGAGGCCAAAGCCACGAACAAGGACUGGCCAGGGCUGUAGCCGGCUCCUGCCUGCCGAGGAGCCGCACUGGAGUCCUUGGAAGACAGCUGUGCCCCUGGGCGUGUCUCACAAGGGAAACGUCAGCCUCCACCCUGCAAUGGUACCCACGAGAGCUCUCUGCCCACAGCGGCGGGAUGGCCAUGGGAAUGGAGCCGGGUUUAACGCUGAACGCACAAGGGAAGACGUGCCCCCGAGGAGAGGCCACCCCUGCCUGCCUCUGCUCUGCCUUUCAGAUUGGCUGGCAGGGCUCAGCCGGCGGGCCCCACAACGUGGCAGGUGCCAGGGGCUGAGCAUGUUGGAGCGUGAGGGGACCUGGAGGGCUCUGACACCCAGAUUCCCUGCAGGCCCCCGAAGCUUCCCGGCUAAGCUCCUCCCUGCGAUGGGCAGGAGACCCUCUGGCCAGACACCCCAGGGGACGCUCCUCAGAGACUACCUGCUCGCCCAGGCCAUGCAGCCCCAGAAGGAUGCGGGCAGGGCCUGCUGCACCCCCUGGCACCACGGCCUCAGCGAGGAGACAAGAGUUUGCAAUGGAAAGCAGCCAUAAAAAGCAGACACCGUGGCCCUUUGGAUGGGAAACUGAGGCCGGAGCUCCUUGUCCUAGUGAGUACUGACAGGGCCUCACCCUGACAAGCUGUGGUCCUGGGUAGUGCCCUCUGCCAUCUCCAUGGCCUGACUCAGCACUGACGGAGGCCUGGGGAGCAGGAAAUCAUCCCUCAAAUCUGGAUUUCUCAUACAGACCUGACCUGACCUACUCAAGGGGUCCACAGGGGCUUUACACACCCUGGCCUUUGAUGCCCGCAGUGACAGUGUCUAGGAUCUCGACUGUCUCCCCAGACACCCACUGGGGCACAGCGGAGCAACAUCUCAUCUAAAAGCUGGCACCUGCGCCAGCUGCCUGCCCUGGUGCUGCUCUGCAAGGAACCCAAUCCCUGGUGCAGGACUGGAACCCACAACCUUUAAAUUGGAGGUAAAGUGGAGACAGUGAAUGUUUGGCACACCCCUGGGCAGUGAGGGACUCUGGGUACAGCCAAGGAGGGUGGCUUGCUGGAGAUAAACACACACACACUCGGUGUGUUACUCUCUGACCCCCGUUGGCCAAUGACAGGAAGGCCGGGAGACUACAGACAGGGUCUGGAGGUGGGGGCAGAAAGGGAAUGAAAAAUGGGGGGCCCUAGAGGCCCCCUCAUCUCUGCUGUCCAGCCUGCGGCGCACAGGGAGGCGCUGACACAGGGCCACCAGCCACAGCUCUCAUCUUGUCAAACACCCGAGGUUUGCCAGGCUCAGAACUCACAUCCAGGCCCCAGACACGAUUCACUUGUGAUUGUCCCUAGAGCUAAAUAGCUUUGGAAUAAACCAUCUCUGCUGCUGUCGAGACUGGGAUGUUCCCUGGGCACAAACAACCCGAGAGAGGGUGCCCUGCAAACUCAUUCCCCAACAGAGGGCGCAGCACCUUCCCCAGCACACACGUGCACAUGCACGAGAGGGCGUCACACAAAGAUUCACCAAACGUACCGCUCACCAAUCGAGGGUCCCCCUCCACCUCAUCCACCACAGGCACUCCAGUCACAGAAUCAGAGGCCCUGACCAUGCCCUCCCACACCUGACAAAGCCCCCACAUGAGGCCCCAGGUGAGGGACACAAAAGAUACCUUUUAUGCAGGAGACGGAAAAUGCUGUGGGAUUUGCGCCCUGACAUGUGCCUGGCUCUUCCCGUUCUAGCUGCAGUAAAUCAUUUUCAGCAAUAAAAGGGAAACCAGGGAGGUGCCAAGUGUGUGUGUGGAAUGCGGGUAACAGGACUAAAACCAGAAGCAUCCCUGGGAACGAGGCGCACUCUAAGAUGCCACCUAUGGAGCAGCCCAGGAGGUCAGAGACAGAUUCGGCCGCAGAGAGCACCGCAAACAAUACUCGGCCCAGCAGGGGGCGCCCCCACCCUUUCACCGGCAGAGGGUGCCUCGCAUCAGAGGGCGCGUUCACACCCAUUCUGGACUGCGGGGUCCGCAUGCACAAUCCUCCCGUGACCCACAGCACGAAGUACUCGUGGGCUUCGCCUCCCCCACACAUGCACUCGCUCACCAGCAGCAGACACCCAACACAUUCACAUUCACAGGAGAGGGUGCCAGAGGGCAUCACACGCAAAAACACGCUUACACAAAAACACACCCACACACAUACACAGUCACCCACAGAUUUCAGAGUAGCAGCCGUGUUA